UAUUGAUGUGUCAUCAAUGGAAUUCAAAAACAUUUUAAACAAAUCAUUAUAAAAUUUUGCUAGGUUAUGUUCUUGUGCCAAGUCUAUCAUAAUAAAUAAAUUUAAAUAUGUUUGAAUUAACAGAUACACAAAAAAUCGGGGUUGGAUUGUCCACAUUUGGAAUAUUUUUUAUAUUUUUAGGUGUAUUACUUCUUUUGGAUAGGAGUUUAUUAGCAUUAGGAAAUAUUUUAUUUAUAUCAGGUUUGGUAGCUAUCAUAGGACGACAAAGAACAUUCCUAUUUUUCUUUCAACGGCACAAAGCUAAAAGGUCAAUUGCUUUUUUUGGAGGAAUUAUAUUAGUAUUAUUAAAAUGGCCCCUGGUGGGGAUGUUACUAGAAUUGUAUGGAUUCUUUUUGUUAUUCAGCGAUUUUUUCCCAAUUGCCAUAAACUUUUUAAGGAGGAUACCCAUCUUGGGAACUGUUUUAAAUUUUCCAGGAAUUAGUAUGUUGGUGGACAGGAUAACAGGAGACGCGAAUAGGACUAGAGUGUAAAGGCAUUGUUAUUUGUUUGUUUUUGUCAAUAAAAUUAAUACUAAAAUUAUUCCUUUAGAGCUGACAAUCAAUGAGGAUGUGCCACUUGUAAUAUGUGAAUAAAUAUAGUAAAAUGAAAUCACACAAUCUAGUGGUGAAUAGCGCCUCCAAUAAUUGUGUAUAAUAAUAUGAUCUAGCAGUAUGAGAAAUUACAAAUAUAUAAUUUGUAGUUUUCGAUUUACUAAUUGUAUAUUGGAGAAUAUUUUUUACUUAUCAAAUUCUUGAUUAAUUUGAUUCAUAUAUAAACAGUUUGAAAUAGACAGGCAACAAUAUUUCUUUUAUUUAUUAUUAGAAGCAUUAUUCGUAAUUAAUAUAGAGUCAGGUAUGUUUGUGACGACAAAUCUUCAAACCGUUUCUCAGAUUUGUCGUUAUUCUUUUGCAUAAAUAGAUAUUUCUGAAGGAAUAUUGGGUGAACUUUAAAUUAUUUAGGCAAUGUAUAGUCAUAUCGUGAUGACGUCAUCCAUUUUUAAAUGAAAACAUAUUUUUCCUGUCAAAAUUAAAUAGACAAUGAAUUUCUAUGAACAGCAAUAUGUAUCACUAUUGCCAUAAAGUUACUUUCCAUAUGAUAUCAAAUUCAAAUAUACUACUAAACUAUUUGAAAUUUUACCGAUAAGCAAGUAAUAUAAACAUUAUAUUAAGUAUAUAGUUCACUAGCUCACAUCACAAUCAAGUCUUGUUCAAUUGAAACCCAUCUUUGCCCCAGAAAAAAAAUAUUGGUAAAUAUCCCAGGCAACCAAACGACGUUUUUAUAACGUAGAUAACACGUCAUAAAAAUGACCAACUGACGUGUUUCUAUGACACAGUACUGAUGUUGAAAAUCACGUGUAUUUUUGACGUCGAGAUUGUGACGAUUUUCAAACGUCAAAAAGAUGACGACUUUUACACGUCGCCGUCGGUAAAAUCAAGUCUUUAAAAAUACUUUCAAAAAGUGACCUCUUUCAGAUGUUUCAAAAUAGUAUAAAAAUAGGUAACAUUAAAAUGUAGGCUAAAAAUUAAUUUAAUUAAACUCAAUAACACAUAAUUAGUUCAUUAACAGAAAAUAUACAUCAAAAACAAAUAAACAUAACCUCAAAUAGUUAACAUGAAGAAUUACUGCAUUAAAAUAACUCACUGAGCAAAAACGCAUAAAAAUCUCUCAAUUAACAAGUUUCUUCAACUAAAUAUCUAAAUGAAAAGUCUUAUUUUAUCACACAAGACACAAACCACGUAAACAAUAAAUGAGAAAUUUCUUAUGAACAACGUUAUAAACGAAAUUGUUUGGAGUUUGGAGUUAAUACAAACAAGCUUUUUAAGCUCCUCCCAAUUUUGUGACGUCAGACUUGGCUGUCUGAAGUGAAAACAUUUUUUUAAACGUAAUUGUAACGUCAUUAAUUUUACGUAUUUAAAAUCACCUACAGAAGACGUCUAUAUGACGUAAUGUUCAAACACGUGUAUAAAUUCAACCAAAGCUGACGUUUCCUCGACGUUAUAUGACGUCACUUGGUUGCCUGGGAUAUCUACAGCUUCCGGAGUGAACCAUGGCCGAUGACAGACGCUGUCGUCAUAGUGCAGAAGAAUGACACCAUGUGAGCGAUUAUCUUGAAGUUUUCGUCUUAUUGCUUGAUGACAAGAUAAUAUAAAGUAAUAAUGAUACCUAGAUUAGAUUGGUCGCCAGAAAUUAUUAACGAAAGAAAGUCAUUACCGUUUUGAUUUUACGUGUAUUCUGUGAGAUGUUGCAAAGAUAAUCUUAUACGCAAGCUUUUUUGGUUCUCUAACCGAAAAACGAGAAACUCAUUACGAAGAAACUUUGUUGUAAUUCAGUUUGUGAACAAUACUAUGAACAGAUCCUAUACUCACGCCAAUAUUUUCUGAAAUUGCUCAAAUUGAAAUUUGACGUCAAAAGUUAAAAAUUUGAUCAAGUCUUCCAUACAGGCCACGUUCCUGUCGAUGAAUAACUCAAUGCACCUAUUCACGGCUUAUCAUUCAUCACCUGUCUUCCACCCUUAAAUUUUCGACACUAUCGACCAACCUUGACAGUUGAAUACGCAAACCAUACGUUUGCAUACACUACUUGCAUUCUCGUCUGAACUUGCAAUGGUUGCAAACCUUCAGCAUAAGCAAAUUGAAUGACUGCACGCUGAUUAUAAUAUACAUAUUAUGUUAACAACAUACGUCAUUUUUAAGUCACAUUACUUAAAAUCACAAUCAAAUACAAAUGACAGGGAACUGGUCAGUGUGACGUUUACAAACAUAACUAACAUUGCAGAACAAUUGCUGAUCAAAGAUGUGAUUCAAUUGAAUUGGCGAUGUUAAGUCACAAUGACGACCUCUCGUAGAUUUCGGCGGAACUAAAAUUGAGGCGUUUUUUAUUGCCCUGCUAUAAUGGGGGUUUUAAUGUCAAAUCGUUGUUAAAAUCGUUGUCAGUAUUUCCAAAAAUCAAUAUAAUUACCUAAUAAAUUUUAAUACAAAAGAUUUAAUUAAAAGCUUACAAACCUUUUAUCAAGUGUUCUUAUUUGCAUGUUGUGUUGCAGAAUAUUUGGAGUAAAUUUAGGACGAACACGCUCUUUUUUAUUCUACUGAUGCUGGUAAUACCUAAUACAUACUGCAAGGGAUAGGGAAAAAUGGUCAAACGUGAUCGCGAACAUCCAUUAGUGCAGGGGUUCCCAACUGGUGGUACGCGUACCACUGGUGGUACGCGAGAAGGUUUCAGGUGGUACGCGUCGCGUGGGUGAAGCAAGCAAUUACGAUGGGCUUUUGUCUACGGAAGUGCCAGUGCGUCUCUUCAUCCCAGCACAAGUUUUCGCCCGUUUCUUCAAACUGAGGUCAGAAGUUUUAAUGCUUUUAACUGAAAAAAAUAAUGAUAGACUCAACAAGCUGAACAUGGGGCUUCAGAGAGCAAACACAGCACACUUCGCAGUUCACAGCCAAUGAGAAAGUUUCAUUUAUGUUCUCAAAUACAGGACAAGGAUGCCUCUUUCCGACGCUGUCAUAAUUUUUUGACAAAAACGAAAUAUAUCCAAUACCGAUGUGGUUGCUAAUAUAAUUCUUCAUUUGGAAUCUAUAUUCAAGAAUGUUUUAAUAAAUAUUUCUCUGAAGUUUAUUCCAAACUUGACUGAAUCAGAAAUCAUUUUGCAGGAACACUACCAAAUGAGAAUUACACGUUUUACAGGAAAUAUUCAUCUAUUUCACAGAAGACAGUUUUAAAGAGAAAUCCUUAAUUGACUUCUGGAUAAAAUAUACGGGACCGGAUAGCUCAGGCGGUAGAUGUCUGACUUCCAAGCAGGUAGUCCGGGGGCGAAAACAUCUAGACAUAUUUAAAAAUGUCUAUAGGCCCCAGAUCGACUCAGCCUGAAUAAAAUGAGUACUUUGGGUAAACACCAGGGGUGAUAAUAUACUCUGGGCUAAUUAGCAAAAUUCAUGGAAAAGUUAUUUACCAGCAAUUUUAUUGCUGGAAUCGAAUUAUAAGAUCCUAUAUAUUAAUAAUAUAGGUAUGCAAAGUCCGCAGAUAGUGUGCUACUUUUUUUAUAAACAAAAUGGCGCCGACAAAUCGUAUUUUUUUCAAUUAUUGCUCUAUAACUCCGAAGAUUUUAACUUUACAACAAAAACACCUUAAUAAAAAUUCACCGCAAUUAAAUUCUGCAUAGAGAUAUGUUUUUCACGAUUUGCUCCGACGAAAAUUUUCCUCGGAAAAUGCGGGUUUUCCUAACAAAAACUCUAAUUUUCAAAUAAAGUUUUAGGUAAGUAAUUAUUAAUCAAUAAUUAAAUAACUUAGUGACAUCAAAGCUUUCUUGGUAUAGAUUGUAAUUCCAGAAGCCGGUGAAAAUUAAACGAAUAUUUUAGCAACAAUUCAAUUGUUAAUUAACAAAUUACGAUCGCAAUAAUAACCAAAAUAAUCAUGAUACAUUGAUCAAACUUAUAAAGAUUAUAAAGAUGAGAUGCUUAUUUAAUAUUUUAUCGACAAAAUAUAAAUUUUUCUUUUUUUUUUGCAUAAUCUUUAAAUUUUGAAAAAAAAUAGUUAUAAUACGCUGGUCUAAUUAGUAAAGUACAAAGAAAGGUUAUUUACCAGCAAUUUUAUUGCUGGAAUCGAAUUAUAAGAUCCUAUAUAUUAUUAAUAUAGGUAUGCAAAGUCCGCAUAUAGUGUGCUACUUUUUUUAUAAAUAAAAUGGCGCCGACAAAUCGUAUUUUUUUCAAUUAUUGCUCUAUAACUCCUAAGAUUUUAACUUUACACAAAAAACACUCAAAUAAAAAUACACCCCAAUUUAAUUCUGCAUAGAGACAUGUUUUUCCCGAUUUGCUCCGACGAAAAUUUUCCUCGGAAAAUGUGGGUUUUCCCAACAAAAUAUCGAAUUUUCAAAUAAAUUUUUUGGGCCAGUAAUUAUUUAUCAAUAAUUAUAUAGCUUGGUGAAAUAAAAGCUUUCUUGUUAUAGAUUAUAAAUUCAGAAGCCGGUGAAAAUGAAACGAAUAUUUUAGCAACAAUUCAAUUGUAAAUUAACAAUUUACAGUCGCAAUAACAACCAAAAUAAUCAUGAGACAUUGAUCAAGCUUAGAAAGAAUAUAAAGGUGUGAUGCCUAUUUAAUAUUUUGUCGACAAGAUAUAAAUUUUUCAUUUUUUUUUGCAUAAUCUUUAAAUGUUUAAAAAAAAUUGUUAUAAACAAAUUAACAUUUCUCAGAAAUUGUUUAUUAUAUUCUAAUUUUAAAAAAUACUUAAAAUGCGUAUUUCAUAGGUCUUGAAAAUGAAUGCUUUAAAAAAUUUUUCCAACCAUUUGCAAAAAAGUUAUGAAACAGCAAAGUAAAUAUACGAAUUCUCCGUUGUUUAUAAUUUGUUUUAAUUGUUUUAAAGCUUAAAAGUGAGUCUAUGGUACAAUCUAAUUACUCACAAAGAAUGUCAAAAAUUAGUGCAAUGGUUAUAUUUUAAUCAAAGAUUAAAAAUACUUUUUUUUGUAAUUUUUAUCGCGAAAGUAGGCUUGAUACAGAGCCGGAGAUAAAAUGCUCACUCGAAGCGACUGACACGCUUAAACUCGCGCGAGUUGUGUAUGUGGGCGGGUGGCUACGGUACUGUAUUAUUCUACUUUCGCGCGUGUAAAUUACAAAAAAAAUAUAUUUAUAAUCUUUAAUUAAAAUAUAACCAUUAAACUGAUAAUCGAUAUUUUUUUAUAAAUAAUUAGCUUGUACUUUAAACUCACUUCUACGCUUUGAAAGAAUUAAAAAAAAUUAUAAAUACCGUAGUAAUCGUAUGUUUACUUUGCUGUUUCAUAACUUUUUUGCAAAUGGUUGCAAAAAAGUUUUAAGCCAUUCAUUUUCAAGAUAUUUGAAAUGCGCAUUUUAGCUAUUUCUUAAAAUUAUAAUAUAAUAAAAACUUUCUGAGAAACGUUAAUUUGUUUAUAACUAUUUUUUUUUAACAUUUAAAGAUUAUGCAAAAAAUAAAAAAUUUAUAUUUUGUCGACAAAAUGUUAAAUAGGCAUCUCAUCUUUAUAAGAUUUCAAAGUUUGAUCAGUGUAUCAUAAUUAUUUUGGUUAUUAUUGCGACUGUAAAUUAUUAAUUAACAAUUGAAUUGUUGCUAAAAUAUUCGUUUAAUUUUCACCAGCUUCUGGAACUAUAAUCUAAACCAAGAAGGCUUUUAAGUCACCAAAUUAUUUAAUUAUUGGUAAAUAAUUACUUAUCUAAACUUUAUUUGAAAGUUAAAGAUUUUGUUGGGAAAACCCGCAUUUUCCGAGGAAAAUUUUCGUCGGAGCAGAUCGGGAAAAACACGUCUCUAUGCAGAAUUUAAUCACGGUGAAUUUUUAUUUGGGUGUUUUUGUUGUAAAGUUAAAAUCUUCGGAGUUAUAGAGCAAUAAUUGAAAAAAACACGAUUUUCGGGCGCCAUUUUGUUUAUACAAAAAGUAGCACACUAUCUGAGGACUUUGCAUACCUAUAUUAUUAAUAAAUAGGAUCUUAUAAUUCGAUUCCAGCAAUAAAAUUGCUGGUAAAUAACUUUUCCCAAAAAUGGCCUAUUCUCCGAUAAUCAGCCCAGACUAAUAGGCGGUUGAAGAGUAGCACUGGCACCGUUACCUUUCUUGUAUACCGUAGGCCCUAGAGAUAGCAGACUACCCUGCUAUAAUCCCAAAGCCGCGUAGCAGUAUAAAACAGAAGACUACUAUUACAGUAGAAUCCCUCUAUAACGAGAACUGAAAUGACGGACUAAUUACCUUGUUAUAAGCGAAUCUUAUAUCAGACAACAAUAACAUUAUGCAUACCACAACUAAUGAAAUGUUUUGAUACCUCUUACGUCGUUUAUAAGGUGUCGAUGGUCAAGUUCAACAAUGAUACUUGGCCAUCGUACAUUGUAAAUUUAUUACAAUAUUCAAUAUCGGUCCAUAGAUAAACAGGAAGGAAGAAGUUUGUUACAGCACUGGCCUCGGUAAACAUACUAGUGAUGUAGCGAAUGUCAUUUUUUGAACAUUCGCGAAUACGAAUGCGAAUAUUUGGUACCGACAUUCGCGAAUGCGGAUGCGAAUGUCCAGUUUUUUAAUAAUUUGUUUGUAUUUUUGUAAUGUUUCCUAAAUUUAUAAUGAAAAGUUAAUUGGUAUUUAGUGUAAAUCAAUCUUAUUCUUAAUCUUUAUCACAUAAUACCAAAUAAUAAAAUAAAGUGAAAGCUGAUAAUGUGAUUAUUCUAGGUUAAGUUGCCUUUUCUUAAUAAAAAGAAGUUGAGAAGUGAAUAGAUUUUGAUUUUAUUAACCUAAUAUUAUCUUCAAAUGGUUUUUUUUCUGAUAUUCAUAUUCGCAAAACAAUCGCACAAACUUCGCGAAUGCGGAUGCGAAUGCGAAUAUUCGCGAAUGCGAAUACGAAUAUUCGUUACAUCACUAAAACAUACAGAUGUUGGGCAUUCCUGUAUACAGGUAGUUGGGAUAUUUAUUUAUAGCCAUCACCAUGCCAAAAACAGGUAAAAAAACAUAUUCUUCGAUUUCAUUUUUCCUCGUUAUAACCAAAUAUGCCUCGUUAUAGAGGUGUUAUAGUUCAAUAGAAAUGUUAUGAGACAUCUAGUGUACCUCGUUAUAAGCGAAACCUUGUAAUACCCGUGUUCGUUAUAAAGAGAGUCUACUGUAUUAUAAAUUAAAACAAGCCAAUGGACAUAUUUCUGAUAGCCAAUAUGUUUUCUAAAAAGAUAGGGGGAGCUUCCUUCCAUUCCAUACCCCCUCCCCCCAAACCGAUGUUUGGUGGUACGCCAAAAUCUUCAAAAUAAUUAGGUGGUAGGCAGUUACUAGAAGGUUGGGAACCCCUGCAUUAGUGGAUUGCAUAAGAAGAAGAUGCUGGUAGAUUAAUGGAUGGGACUACUAAAUUUUUCACUUAUUGAUUUUCGAAAAUACCGACAACGAUUUGACAGUAAAAACCCCAUUAUAGCAGUGCAAUAAAAAUAAAAAGGCCUCAAUUUUAAUUCCGCUGAAAUCCACGAGAGGUCGUCAUUGUGACUUAAUAUCUCCAAAAAGCGUAUAAUACUUUAAUUUUAUGUGUUGAAUAUAGGUAAGUCCACAAAUAUCUUGAAGAAGAUAAAUCAUCAUACAAACGAAAUCUGGCACCAUAAACUGUUGAACUUCAAAAUUUCAGCGACGUCGUUAUUUCUAAAGUACCUAAUCUUUAUUUUUGUUGCUUCUUCCGCUGAAAGAGUGUAGUAUAAUAUUCCAAUGACGCCCUAAUGAAAUUGAGGCGGCUAAACAUAGUAAAUAAUUAUUGUUUGCCGCUCAUAUUUUAUUCAUAAAAAUAGGGGACACAGUAUACCCGAUUAUCGUUUUGGAAAAUACCUAGAUAUUUUGUUUAGCAACAGGCUAUCUGCAGAAAUUAUGGGUUUAAGAUACUUAACUAAAUUUAGAAAAGAGAAGUUUGUUGAAUUAUUUUGUCAAAUUAUUCGUAUAUAUUUAUAAUGUUGAAUCUGUGAUAUGCAGCAAUACUUAUUUUGAUUUCUGAGUUAUUUCUGUAUUUCAAAAUUGUUGCAAUUAAAGACCUUUCUUCUAAUCCAGCCAUUGUGAGCUUUUUCUUUAUUAAAAAAAUUAAUAAAUAAAAAAAAUUUCUAUCCUUGUUGGAUCGAUAUUCACCUGAGGGAUCGCAGAUGUUCGGAUUCUAUGAGCGUCUCUUUGUAAAGGCAAUUAAGUCGACUUUACUAAAUAACAAGGCAUUUACUCAACACACACACUACAUAUUACUCCCCUGAGCUAGUGAUAAACUAACUUACCACAAAUAGUCUAUAUUUAUGUAAUUUACGUGGCUAACGGUUCCAAACCAAGGCCAGUCAAGACCAAAAAAAUGUGUCUUUUAAAUUAAGAAUAUAAUAAUUAUAUUAUUUAAAGGUUCAAGAAUUUAAAUUCUUUAUAAAAUACUUUUAGUAUGAUAAAAUUGAUCCAAAUAAUGGCAUAACCCAGACAUCCAAAGUGAAAGUUAUCCUCCAACACCAAAUUGUUCUAUAUGGUCCACAUAAUGUUCAGGAAAAAGUCACACCAUUUUGAGCGUCGGGUUUGGGGGGAGAGGGGGGAGAAAUCGGUAAAUUCGUAGUUUUUUACGUUUUUCGUCAAUAUUUCUAAAACUAUGCGGUUUAGCAUGAACCACCUUCUAUACAAAAAUGUUCUACAUUAAAUUUGAAAUAAAAAAGGUCCUGUGCAUAAUCCUUCUAAAAUGAACGGUUCCAAAGUUACGGAGGUAGUAUAGUGUAAUUGAUGCAAAAAAACAAAAAACGCCUAACCCAGACAUCCAAAGUAAAAGUUUUCAUCCAACACCAAAUUGUUCUAUAUGGUCCACAUAUUGUUCAGUAAAAAGUUACAUCAUUUUGAGCGUCCGGUUUGGGGGGGAAUGGGGGAAAAGUCGGUAAAUUAGUAGUUUCUUUACGUUUUUCGUCAAUAGUUCUAAAACUAUGCUUUAGCGUAAACAAUGUUCUAUACAAAAAUGUUCGACAUAUAAUUUAAAACAAAAAAGGUCCUAUACAUAAUUGUUAUAAAAUCAACGGUUCCAGAGUUACGGAGGGUGAAAAGUGGAGGUUUUCGAUACUUUUUAUAUUAAUUGGACAAUUGAUGAUGAUUUUGGGUGGUGAGGGUGACGUUUCUUCAAGGGCUUUCACUAACAUAUCCUCGGCCACUGAAAUAGCAAAUUUUAUUUACAAAAAAAUUUCUUUCAUCCGUAAUAAUAUUAAAUUGGCCAAAUAAUAUAAAAAGUAUCGAAAACGUCCACUUUUCACCCUCCGUAACUUUGGAACCGUUGAUUUUAUAACAAUUAUGUAUUGGGCCUUUUUUGUUGGGCAUAGUUUUAGAAAUAUUGACGAAAAACGUAAAAUAACUACUAAUCUACCGACUUCUCCCCCAUCUCCCCCCCAAACCGGACGCUCAAAUUGGUGUAACUUUUUACUGAACAAUAUGUGGACCAUAUAGAACAAUUUUGUGUUGGAGGAAAACUUUUACUUUGGAUGUCUGGGUUAUGCCUUUUUUUGGACCAAUUAUAAUAUACUAUCUCCGUAACUUUGGAACCGUUCAUUUUAGAAGGAUUAUGCAUAGGGCCUUUUUUAUUUCAAAUUUUAUGUAGAAUAUUUUUGUAUAGAAGGUUGUUCAAGCUAAACUGCAUAGUUUUAGAAAUAUUGACGAAAAACGUAAAAAGCUACUAAUAUACCGAUUUCUCUCCACUCUCCCCGCCCCCUCAAACCCAACGCUCAAAAUGGUGUGACUUUUUUGUGGACAUUAUGUGGACCAUAUAGAACAAUUUGGUAUUGGAGGAUAACUUUCACUUUGGAUGUCUGGGUUUGGGUCUAGUUAUACCAUACUAUUUUUAAUAUUAUAAUGUUUUUAAACAAUAAUAUUUUCACUAUUACAAUAAUUUAUAUUUUUGUGUCGUAUUGUAUUGUUUUACGAUGUUGUAUGGUCUGCUUAGUAUUUUGUAACAUUAUAUCACGGCUAAAUUGAUUGUCAGCUCAUAGUUCACUAUAAGUACAACCGGAAAAAUAUUGACUUAUAUUUUUAUUUUAUUAUGUCUGAUUGUUUAAAACCUUUUUAGUAUUGUAUUAUUUAAUGUUUCCCUCUCGUCAUGCAUCAGAUAAUAUCAUUCAAUAAAUUAUUUUUAUAUAAA